AUGUCUCACUCGACACAAGCAAAGCAAGAAAAAAAUGAAGGAAAAUCUUAUAUUGACCUUGUGCUUACUUCACAUCAGAAUCGGGCGGGUGGGAGUGAUUCAGAGCAAUCAAAUCACUGUUAUGUUAUCAUCGAGCAUUACAUGAAUAAAUUUCUAUCUUGUCUACCUCACAAGCACGUUCUUCUAUUCAAUUUAUGGUAA